UAGCUUCUCCUUUCUCCGCUUUUCUUUUCGUCAAGUGCUCAUUUUGGAAAUCCUACAUAACCAGCUGUGCUCUUUCGGUGAAGCUUCUGCGGCUCCUGGUGCUCUACGAGCUUUCAAUUUCCACGUCAUCACGCUCCGGUGAAGAACAAUAGGAUUCACAAAAAGGAAAUACUACAACUACUAUUAUGGGCACUCUCAGAAACAUUCGCCAUCACAUUGCUGUUUCCGUCCGACGACUUCUGAAAUCACCUAGGAAUAGCGUCUCAAAAAUAAAACUUCAUCGAAACUCUCGAGGAGAAUAUGGGACACCCGAACUGAAUACUCCCGACUCAUCACGCAGUGUUUCAUUCACGGAAGCAAUAACCUGGCCGUACAUCGAUGAAGAUAUUAAUGAAGAAUAGUAUUUGUCUCUUUUGUAAAAGCUUUUAAAAUUUAUUUCAUUAUUAUAUCAUCGAAAUCUCUAUAAUCAAGCAUUCCAUUUUCUAUUUGAUUUGCCAAUAAUUUUGACUAGAAGUACCGGUUUUUGCCGGUGUUCCUUUUCCGUUUUUUUUUCUCCAAAUGUUUCCUAACUUGUCCCGAAUUGGUUCCAUGUCCUCUCGUUUUGUUUCGUGUACAUAUUUUUGUUGGUCUCUCUUUUUUCUGAACUUUUAGAUGAAAAACGUUCUCUUCAAUAAAAUUUUUAUUUUUUA